AUGCAGAAAAAUCGCAAAGAAGGAACCCUCAUCGAGACUCAUCGAGAACGGGAAUAUGGGAAGGAAAAAGAUCCGCGAAACGGGAAAGAAUACGAUCCGCGAUACGUAACGGGAAGGAUCAGCGCGACAGGAAAGGAAAAGAUCCUCGAGGAGAAACGAGAUGGAUCUAAGAGAUGGGACGAGAAGGUUCUGCGCGAGACCUUCGUCCACGGACACCCACGAUCGGAGCUUCUGGCCGGUCGCCAGCAGGCCUUUAGGGAUCUCGAGCGCGUUCGCAUCUUCGGUUUCGACCGACCGCAAGCAUGGAGUCCGCCGGAGGGAGGAAAUGGCUUUCCGCGUUUUCGAGCCUUCCCUCCCGAUCGAGAGGGGAUCACCAUCACUCGGUUUCCGCCUCGAAGAGGAAGACACAAUUUUCUCUUCUCCCAGUUCCCUUCCGAUUCGGAGCGGUCGACCUUCAUGGCAUGCCAGAGAGCGGCAUGCCCGCCACAAUACCCGCGGUGCCUCGUCGCCGACGGCGAGCUUCAAUGCGUGGCAUCCCUGUGCUUCGUUGCGCCGUGUCCCGAGUCCCAGGGAUGCUUUUACACCAUGUACGAGAACGCGGGACGAAGGAUUCUCUGCCCUCGUUGCACCUGCCCCAUGCCGCUCGGAGACCCCAACUUCCGGCCAAAUGGAGGAAACGUGAUUUCGAGACUGCCAGCAAGUGAAGGGGUUUCGGCGGGGAUCCGGGGGCUGGGGGAGAAUUUCCCCGGAUUAUCGAGUCCUUCCGCACAACCUUUGACUUCGGGGGGACCCAUCCCCGUCCCUCAAUCGUCUCCGUUCCGAUGUCGGGACGACGAAUGCCCUCGCGGAUCGGAGUGCAUGUCCAUCCGCGGAGAGGAAGUGUGCAUCCCCCUCGGGUGUCCCCCGCCCAGCGUCGACUGCCCCGAGGAUUGUCGGAUCGAGAAUCGCCUCAACGGCGCAUGUCCGAGGUGUUCCUGCCCCACCGCCACCUGCCGGAUGCAGUGUCGGCCGAGAUCUCGAUGCGAGGUGGUGUCGGGAGGCCAAGAGGUGUGCGUGCCCUCGGAAUGCCCCACCCCGCGGUGCCCGGACGGGUGCACCGUCCGCCCGGGGAUGCUCGGCUUCUUCUGUCCCUCGUGCAACUGCGACCGGGACGGCGAACCCGGCUCCAUCGCAUGCGGGAUCGAAUCGUGUCACGGAGAAGAGAGGUGCGCGUAUGCGGGAGGGCAAGGAGUGUGCGUGCCCCGUGGAUGCCCCGACCCCCUCUGCCCCGACGUGUGUCCGGUCGACUUCAUCCGAGACGCGAACGGAUGUCUCCGGUGCCUCUGCAACGCGGGUAAGCUCGUCUAUUCUUCUCCUAUUUAG